AUGGCUCCCAAGCGCCACGCGGCCUCAACUACCUCCGCGGAACCCUCCACACCCACGCCCGCUCCUACAACACCAAAACUGUCCUCCGGUCCGGCCACUUUGAAGACCAAUGCUUCAGCCUUUGAAAUCGCCCAGCAUGUCUGGCAGCAAUAUGCAUCCUCAACCCCGCAACGGAUUCUCCUCCUAGAUGCCUUCAUGGUAUUCCUGAUUCUCGUUGGUGGAUUGCAGUUCUUGUACUGUGUUCUAGCUGGAAACUACCCCUUCAAUGCUUUCCUCAGUGGCUUCGGUGCUGCUGUUGGCCAAUUCGUCUUGACAGCAAGUUUGCGCAUGCAAACUAGUGACAGCGGAAGUUCUGGAUCGAAGCCGAGCUCUAAGGGGAAGAAUGCGCGCUUUGCAGAUGAUAAUGAUACCGAAGAACAGGGGACGGGGUAUUCGCAUGAGAGGGCCUUCGCCGAUUACAUCUUCGGAAGCUUGAUUCUACACUUCUUCUGCAUCAACUUUAUCAACUGA